CACACACCACUCAAAAAGCUUCCUCCUUUAUAUAUGGAGGCGCCUGGUCCAGGCUUCGCGACAAAUUCAACAACCACAUAGCUGAGAAAAAAUUAAGAAGCCAAUAACAAAAUCCAAGCCCUUAAACAAUGGAGAUCGGUAAACCAACGACAAUGAUUUGCACGCUCUUAGCAAUGGACCAAACCAACUUCUGUUACAGAGUCUGUUCCGUCUGCGAGAGGACUCUUCCUGAUAAUCCCACUUCUCUGUGUAAUUUCUGCAACUUAAAUUCCUUCAACUCUCGCUCCUCUUCCUCCAACUCUCGUUCCUCUUCCUCCAAACUCCUCUUUCGCAUUCUCAUGUCUGUAGCAUCAGAUACGAAAGUGUUUACGGUGAUAUGCUUCGACAGGGCGGCUAAGGUUCUGUUUGGUUGUACUGCCGAUGAGUUUUUUGACUUUGCCAAGCUUCACCCUUUUUCUGCUGCGACUACUAAUAAAAUUCUGGAGGGAGAGAUGAUAAAAGUGACCCUAUCAAGGCCAAAAAAUGGUAAUGCACAACAUCAUCGUGUGUCACAAAUUGUUCCUCUCAGGACUGGAUUUCGGCCAGCCAUUGAGACACUCAAGGAAUUCUAUGGACUUAGACCUGGUUCUUAAUCUUGACUGUUUCUUUAUUUUCCAUUGUUAAAGGAGACAGAUCCAUAUUUUUGUUACUAGCCACUUUGAUAUGCUGGUCUUAGUAUUUGUAUGACAAUUGUAACUUCUUGUGCUGACAAAGAUAAAAUUGUGUUAGCUGGUCC